AUGCAUGGCGACGACGAUGGAGACUCGACGGAGGACGUCGUCGAGCGCGGAGACGACGGCGUCCUGGUCCAACUCGAUUUCACCGUCGGCGUCGUCGCCGGCGUCGCCGGCGUCGUCGUCGGCGUCGUCCUCAUCGCUUCGACGAUCCGUCGACGGCGCGAUAUCGACCGCGCCGUCGACGACGCGCACCGUCGCCCCCGCGUCUUCGUAUCGAGCGUCUCUCCUAUCGUCCGCGACGAGUCCCGACACGCACCACCUGCUCGCUCGCGCCGCGACGUUCGACGCUCGCACUCUCGCUUCCCACGCCGCGUCCUCUCGCGCGUACACCUCCCGCGACCAAUACACUCGCAAGUGCUUCGGUUCUCGCACGCGUAUCGUCGCGGCGUCGCGUUCGCGUUCGCGCAGAUGAAAUCCCAGCGCGAACCUGCGCCUGAGCCUUCCCAGGCGCAUCGCGCGCGGAUCGAUCACCCACACCUCCGCCGCGUUCGUCGAGUUCAUGAGAUCGAACGCCAGGACGCCCUUGCCGCCGGCGACGUCCAGGACGACGCCGCCGUCGAGCGCGUCGGCGAACUCGCGCGCGAGCCACUCGCGAAACCGUUUCACUUUUUGCCGCGAGUCUUUUCGGCGCGUUUUGCGCGACCUCGAGCGAGGCGCGCGCGCGGCGUCGGCGUCGCGCGCGGCGUGGGCGAAUUUACACGCGUCGCCGUAGCGACACGCCCCGCGGAGGAAAUGGCGACAAGGCGGCGACGAGGACAUCGUCGCGGCGGCGUGUGCGGGACGAGACGGCGAGACGGCGAGACGACGGCGACGCGCGGUUCGCGACGGCGAGACGGCGAUGAAAAAUUAAAUGAAAUACAAGCGAUGCCGGGCGCGCGGCGGUGA